GUGCCUGAGCCCUGCCCGCAGACCUCCCUGGCUGUGCUGUCCAAGGUGGAGCUCAGGGUCAGCUGUAAACACCUCCUGGACCGCGACACGCUCAACAAGUCAGACCCCUGUGUCCUGCUGCUGAUGCAGUCCCAGGGCCAGUGGAUGGAGGUGGAUCGCAGCGAGGUGAUCAAGAGCAACCUGAACCCUGUCUUCGCCAAGAUCUUCACCGUCGAUUACUACUUCGAGGAGGUGCAAAAGCUGCGGUUUGAGGUGUAUGACAGCCAUGGCCACACCGGCGUGGGCACGCACGACGAUGACUUCCUAGGGGGCACAGAGUGCACUGUGGGGCAGAUUGUGGCACAGAAGAGGGUGACGAAGCCUCUGUUCCUCAAGUAUGGGAAAUUUGCAGGGAAGUCCACCAUCACGAUCAUCUCAGAGGAGAUCUCGGGGAACAACGGCUACGUGGAGCUCGCCUUCCGCGCCAAGAAACUGGAUGACAAGGACCUCUUCAGCAAGUCAGAUCCCUUCCUGGAGAUCUACCGCAUAGAUGAUGACCGCAGUGAGCAGCUCGUGUACCGCACUGAGGUGGUGAAGAACAACCUGAGCCCCAUCUGGGAACCCUUCAAGGUCUCCCUCAACUCACUCUGCAGCUGUGAGGAGAAGAGGAAGCUGAGGUGUGUAGUGUGGGACUACGACUCACGGGGCAAACACGACUUCAUCGGGGAGUUCUUCACCACCUUCGAGGAGAUGCAGAAGGCAAUGGGGGAAAACAAGGUGCAGUGGGACUGCAUGAACCCCAAGUACAAGAUCAAGAAACGCAACUACAAGAACUCGGGGGUUGUAGUGCUGCUGGACCUGAAGAUCCACAGGGUCUAUUCCUUCCUGGAUUACAUCAUGGGUGGCUGCCAGAUCCACUUCACAGUGGCCAUCGAUUUCACAGCCUCCAAUGGGGACCCCCGGAACAGCUGCUCCCUGCACUACAUCAACCCCUACCAGCCCAAUGAGUACCUCAAGGCGCUGGUGGCCGUGGGUGAGAUCUGCCAGGACUAUGACAGUGAUAAGAAAUUCUCGGCUCUGGGCUUUGGUGCCAGGAUCCCCCCCAAGUAUGAGGUCUCUCAUGACUUCGCCAUCAACUUCAACCCUGACAACGAUGAGUGUGAGGGCAUCCAGGGUGUUGUGGAGUCCUACCAGAGCUGCCUGCCCAAAAUUCAGCUUUAUGGCCCCACCAACGUGGCUCCUAUCAUCUCCAAGGUGGCUCGUGUGGCUGCUGAUGAGGAGCAGACAAAGGAGGCAUCGCAAUACUUCAUCCUGCUGAUCCUGACGGACGGGGUGGUGACGGACAUGGCAGACACGCGGGAGGCAAUCGUCAGGGCGUCCUCCCUGCCCAUGUCCAUCAUCAUCGUCGGCGUGGGGAACGCCGACUUCACCGACAUGCAGAUCCUGGACGGGGACGACGGCGUCCUGCGCUCCCCCAAGGGUGAGCCCGUCCUCCGCGACAUCGUGCAGUUCGUCCCCUUCC